AUCAGCAGCGAUGCCAUUGUAUUAGAAGAAAUCAGAUCUUAGGCAAUCGACCCAGUUCCCUCUGUGUGGUCUCGUGAACAGUCUCAGCUGGAACAGUCGAGGUAGAGCUGGGUGGGCGUGCAGAAGCCAUCGACGCCUCCGGGUGCAGCUCAAGGCUCCUUACCGAGGUGCCAAGCUCUCCUGAUGAAAUGUGUUUUUCCCCACUGGGCUCCGGGGGCAGUGUCUGGUGCUGGUGAUGCCCUUGUUCGAACUUUCCAGAAUGGAUAGUCCCCCAAAGCUGACUGGAGAGACACUCAUCGUCCAUCACAUACCAUUGGUACAUUGUCAAGUCCCAGACAGGCAGUGCUGUGUCGGGGCGAGUGGAGGUAGUGGGAGCACAAGACCGAAUCCCUUCUGCCCAUCUGAGUUGGGCAUCACCCAGCCUGAUCAAGACCUAGGACAAGCUGACUCUUUGCUCUACAACAGUCUGCACUCUGCCCCUGGGGGACCAGCACGGCCUGCAGAUAACACCAAGACUAGGGGUCGGGAUGGACGAGGCUCUGGGGCCCCUAAGCGACACAAUCCCUUCUUGCUUCAGGAGGGUGUAGGUGAACCAGGACUUGGUGACCUCUAUGACGACAGCAUUGGUGACAGUGCCACCCAACAGUCCUUCCAUCUUCAUGGAGCUGGUCAGCCGACCUUCCGUCUGUCCUCCUUCCAGCUACCACCACCUGGCUCUGGAAUGGGCAGGCCAUGGGCAGCAACACGCAGCCGAGCUGGAGUGGUGGAGGGGCAGGAACAGGAGCCUGUGACAACUGUGGACACCCAGCACUGCAGCAUCAGUCACUGCUGCAGGCCAGAGCUCGAAGCGGAGACCAUGGAGCUGGAUGAGUGUGGGGGACCAGGAGGGAGUGGCAGUGGGGGUGGAGCCAGUGAUACCUCUGGCUUUUCCUUUGACCAGGAAUGGAAGCUCAGUUCAGAUGAAUCCCCAAGGAACACUGGAUGCUCAGGCUCGGGUCCCCAGCACUGCCGCUGCAGCAGCACAUCCAGCCAGUCUGAGGCAGCGGACCAGUCCAUGGGCUACGUGAGUGACUCCUCCUGCAACAGCUCAGAUGGGGUGCUGGUCACCUUCAGCACCCUCUACAACAAAAUGCAUGGCAACUCCCGUGCCAACCUCAACUCGGCCCCACAGUCCUGCAGUGACUCCUCCUUCUGUAGCCACUCAGACCCUGGCGCCUUCUACCUGGACCUCCAGCCCUCGCCAGCUGAGUCUAAGAUGUCCUGUGAGUCCCACCACCCUGACAGUGGAGAACGGGAAGGAGGCUAUGGCUGCCCUCAUGCCUCAUCUCCUGAGCUCGAUGCCAACUGCAACUCCUACCGCCCGCACUGUGAGCCCUGCCCAGCUGUGGCUGACCUCACAGCCUGCUUUCAAAGCCAGGCCCGUCUUGUUGUGGCCACACAGAAUUACUAUAAACUUGUCACCUGUGACCUGUCUUCCCAGUCUUCCCCAAGCCCCGCUGGCUCUUCCAUCACCAGCUGCUCAGAAGAAAAUACAAAGAUAAGUCCUGCACCAGGUCCUGGCCCAGACCCAGGCCCCAGCCAGCCCGCUGAGUAUUACCUAUUUCAGAAGCCAGAAGUCCAGGCAGAGGAACAAGAAACAGUGAGUUCUUCAGCAAAGGCAGCAACUGCCAUGGGCCCAACUGUGAUGGAGGGGCAAGUGUACACUAAUACUUCACCUCCCAACCUCAGCACUGGACGUCAGCGCUCUCGAAGCUAUGAUCGCAGCCUGGAACGCAGCCCUCCUGUCCGCUUGAGCUCACUCGAGCGCAUGCUAAGUUGCCCAGUGCGCCUAAGUGAGGGGCCUGCAGCCCUUGCUGGGUCUAGCUCCCCACCAAAGAGGGUCACCUCCUUUGCCGAGCUGGCUAAGGGCAGGAAGAAAGCUUCAGCCUCUGGGUCUCCCCAACUUCGGGUGAGCGUUGGAGACUCCUCGCAGGAGUUCUCACCCAUCCAAGAAGCCCAGAAAGAUAAGGUGGGCCCACCAGAGGAGGGCACUCGCUGUAGCCAUAGCCUACCACCUAUGCCCUUGGCGCCAAGCAUGGACCUAGUUGGCCCAGAGCCCUGGUCCACACAGGUCUGCCAGGAUCCCCAUUCCAGUGAGAUGUCACCUACUGGCCUGAGAGCUGCUGGGCAAGGCCCUUUGGCUCAGCUGAUGGACCCAGGGCCUGCUCUUCCAGGGAACCCAGCCAACAGCCAUAUCCAGAGGGAUGCAAGAGCUAGAGCUGACGGGGGUGGUGCUGAGAGCCGACCAGUCCUUCGCUACAGCAAGGAGCAGAGACCUACUACGCUGCCCAUCCAACCCUUCGUGUUCCAGCACCACUUCCCCAAGCAGCUGGCCAAGGCUCGGGCGCUCCACAGCCUGUCCCAGCUCUACAGCCUCUCCGGGUGCAGCCGCACACAGCAGCCCAUCUCUCUGGCUGCCCCUGCUGCUCAAGUCCCAGCCCCAGCUUCCUCCCGAGAAUCCCUGACAUCCGUUUCCCAAAACGCUGCUGACAGAGGUGCCAGGAAAGCUGGGCCUGAGCCGGAGACCUCACGGCCAUCCCCACUGGGCAGCUACUCUCCCAUCCGGAGCGCUGGCCCCUUUGGGCCCAGCACUGACUCUUCUGCCUCCACUUCGUGCUCCCCUCCCCAAGAGCAGGCCACAGCCACAGAAAGCCCACCCCUAUGGAGCCACUCUUGUCCUCGUGCCGCCCGACCUGCUACCUCUCAGCAACCACGGGAGGAUCAGAAGAUACUGACCUUGGCUGAGUACCGGCUCCAUGGAACAGGAAGCUUACCACCUCUCGGCUCCUGGAGAUCUGGCCUCAGCCGAGCAGAGAGCCUGGUCCGAACAGGCGGUGAGGGUAACAUGGCUUCCAGGCCCAAUAAUGCCAACCACUUGUCCCCUCAAGCACUCAAAUGGAGGGAAUACAGGAGGAAGAACCCACUGGGGCCACCUGGUUUGGCAGGAAGCCUAGAUCGAAGGCCAAAGGAGGUUCAGCUGGCCCGAAGAAACCCCAUCUUUGAGUUCCCUGGUUCUCUUGGUGCUGCUGGCCAUCUGAACUGUCGCCUGAACGGACACGUAGUGAAGCCUUUGCCACUGACCUGCCCUGACUUCCAAGACCCCUUUUCCUUGACUGAAAAGCCUCCAGCUGAGUUUUGUCUGUCCCCAGAUGGAAACUCAGAGGCCAUUUCCAUAGACCUGCUUCAGAAAAAAGGACUGGUAAAAGCUGUCAAUACUGCCGUGGACCUCAUUGUUGCCCAUUUUGGGACAAGCCGAGAUCCUGGGGUAAAGGCAAAACUGGGAAACAGUUCUGUGAGCCCCAACGUAGGCCACUUAGUUCUGAAGUACUUGUGCCCUGCGGUCCAAGCUGUGCUGGAGGACGGGCUCAAGGCCUUCGUGCUGGAUGUCAUCAUUGGGCAGCGUAAGAACAUGCCGUGGAGUGUGGUUGAGGCUUCCACACAACUCGGGCCAUCCACCAAGGUCCUCCAUGGCCUCUGCAACAAAGUCAGCCAGUUCCCAGAGCUCACCAGUCAUACGAUGCGCUUCAAUGCCUUCAUCCUCGGCCUGCUCAACAUCCGGUCUCUGGAGUUCUGGUUUAACCACCUCUAUAACCAUGAAGACAUCAUCCAGACCCACUACCAGCCAUGGGGCUUCCUGAGUGCAGCUCACACCGUGUGCCCCGGCCUCUUUGAGGAGCUGCUGCUGCUGCUCCAGCCCCUGGCCCUGCUGCCCUUCAGCUUGGACCUGCUCUUUCAGCACCGGCUGCUGCAAAGUGGGCAGCAGCAGCAGCAGCACAAGGAGCUGCUGCGGGUGUCCCAGGACCUGCUGCUGUCGGCCCACUCAACACUCCAGCUGGCCCGGACCCGGGGCCAGGAGGGCCCUGGAGAUAUGGACAGAACUGCCCAUGGGGAGCGGGUAAAGGGAGUGGGUGCCCCAGAAGGUGGAGAAGAAGAAGAGGAGACAGAAGAGGUGGCAGAGGCACCUGGGGGCUCAGGACACGGCAGGUGGGCACGAGGUGGGCAGGCCGGCUGGUGGUACCAGCUCAUGCAGAGUUCCCAGGUCUACAUUGACGGCUCCAUGGAAGGUUCCAGGUUCCCUCGUAGUGGUAGCAACAGCAGCAGUGGCAGCAGCAGUGAGAAAAAGAAAGGGGCAGGAGGCGGGGGGCCUCCCCAGGCACCACCUCCUCGAGAGGGAGUUGUGGAGGGAGCCGAGGCGUGCUCAGCCCCUGAGGAGGUCCUUGGCCGAGACAGGGGCUGGCCCUUCUGGAUGGGAAGCCCUCCUGACUCUGUGCUGGCUGAGCUGAGGCGUAGUCGGGAGAGGGAGGCGCCCAUUGCGCUCCCAGCAGAAAAUGAGGAAGAGACCUCAGAGCCUUCACCUGCAGGCAUCAAGUGGGGACACCUCUUUGGUUCCCGAAAAGCUCAGCGGGAGACCCGGCCCACAAACAAGCUGCCCUCGGACUGGCUGAGCCUGGACAAGUCCGUGUUUCAACUAGUGGCACAGACGAUGGGGGCCCGACGAGAGCCAGAGUCCAAGGAGAGCCCACAAGAGCCCCACGCUCCAGCCCUACCUUCCAAGCCUCCAUGCGAGGUGCAGGCACUGUGCCACCAUCUAGCUACCGGCCCCGGACAGCUGAGCUUCCACAAGGGAGACAUCUUACGUGUGCUGGGCCCAGCUGGAGGAGACUGGUUGCGCUGCAGCCGUGGCCCUGACACUGGCCUGGUGCCUCUGGCCUAUGUGACCUUGACCCCAACUCCAAGUCCAACCCCUAGAAGCAGCCAAAACUGA